AUGGGCGUCGCGCACAGACCUGAAGCCACAAUCCGCCGGCAACUCAUGCAGCCCAAGGAUCCGAUUCCCAUAAAUCGGAAAUCGGGGGUCAUUUACCGGAUAGAUGGCAAUUGCGGUCAGGCCAGUUAUGUUGGUGAAACCGGAAAACAGGUCCGCACGAGAUUGCACGAGCAUGAAUUGGCCGUUAGGCGGAAGGAUAAUCUCUCCUUGGUAGCCGCCCACGCCUCCUCCCCAGGGCACGUCUUUGACUUCGGGAACGUGAGAACCGAGUUGCGCGCCUGCUGCAGGAAGCGUGGCAUUCAUUUGAGGACGCGAUUAAUUGACAUAUCGAUCUGCCAAUCGCCUAUCAAGCACUGCGUGAACAAAUCAACAGCGCAGCUAGAGGUCAACCCCGGUAGAGGUGAGUUAAAUACACGACGAGCUGUACAGUUUUUUCAUUCCUUGACGAUGGGCUCGCGUGAGAGUUCGAAACGUCGGAUAAAUAAAACAUUGGUCCCAGUGAUCGCCUUCCCGUCUUCUUCUAUACAGUUUGAAAGUGGACAAGGAGGUGGCGGUCGCGAGAAUUGCGAUGUUGAAUAUUGCCUGUUAAUUCUUGUGGCGAGCGACUGCUGUCUGAUGCGUUGCAGAUGUCAACACACAGUAAACAAAUGGUACAAACAUCUAGACAUAUAAUUUGGACGAUAAAAGGUCCAGACCGACAAAGUUGACGGAUUCGUGUUGAUGAUUUGGGUAAAAAGAUGGGCUGACUGCUACUGGUUUAUUUGGGAGCCAACGUUUCGAAGAAUUUUUCCUCAGAUAAAGUGUCCACAGGGUAGUUUAACCUCAGCCAAGGAUAUUUCAGACUGGUUGAAUAUACAGGAAGAUUACUUCGAACGCGAAUACCGGACAUGCACCGGCAAUGAGCAGAAAUGACGUUACCCUGCAGGUCUCGGCCCGCUGGACGGGCCGGACAAUAUCUUCAAGAUCGACGAGACCGAAAUUCUCGCAUGACAUGACGGCCAUGUAAACCUCGAGCUGUUUGUAUCAUAAUUUGUCGGUUCGAGUUUAGCGAACAAGCAGAAUGACCUUCGACCUUCAAAUUCUGUGCUGCGGUUUUACCUGGGUAAAAUAAUUAGCCCCGCGUAGAGAGCGCGGGCCACCAACGCUCCUUUGACGCUGAGCCGAAUUGCCCUGAAAUCAUCACGUCAAGGGGCAGCAACAAUGAUGAAAAUAUGCUUACUCACGUCGUGGAUAGGGACUAACAAGCAAUCGCCGCAUCAAGUACGGCCCCAGCGAUGAACGCAAGUUCUGUUAAUUUAGAAAGGUAUCUGAAUGUCUGGCAAUAGCUAGCUCAAUGCGGGGCAUUUGCAAUCUCCAGCAUUGUCACGUUCAAGCUUAGAACGUGGGAGUUGCUGUUGAUAACCGGAGAUUAGGCGUCUGCCUUGAUUUUGUCAGGAUGCUCUGGGGCUGGGACACUAAAAUUUGUGCUGGAAUCAUGGCGCACGUCUGGGUCCAAAUCACAGUGUAAACUUUCGAAUUCCGCAGGUAUCUCAAAAGCUCUUUUACUGCCGAAAUCAAAGGCAACAUCAACACAUAUCAGGAUUCGGACAGGUUAAAAACAACUUAAUAGCAGAUUUCCCUGUGUAUUGUGAAAACUUGGUCAUAAGCAUGGGAUUAUUUAUAGCGACGAUCGGGAAUGCGAAACAAUCCAGUACUUACUUCUAUUAAAUACCUACAGACAUAUGUUAGCUGGAUAGGUUUAAUUUGACGUGGCUUCUGGAGGAUAUAUCCUUGAGGAUGUACAACGACAUGCUACAAAGGCUGUUCGUGACCUCAAAAAUUUUACGUACGAGCAGCGCCUAACAGCUUUGAACACCUAUCCCCUCCACUACAGGCAGGACGGAGGUGACCUCAUAGCGACAUUUCAGUUGCUAAGAGGACUAAAUCUGGAUGUCGACGGGGAAACAUUUUUUGAAAUGGCUUCCAAGUCUAAUCUCAGAAGACAUGAUUACCAGCUUAAAAAGGAACUAAGCCACACAAGUCAACGUUCCUCCUUUCUCUCACAGAGGUCCAUUCGCCAAUGGAAUUCUUUGCCGGAGUAUGUUGUUAAUUGCCCUACCGUGUGUGUGUUCAAGAGACAAGUGGAUACUCACCUGCUGAAAGGCAACCCGAACUGCCGAAGCCUGAUCUAGCGAAUUACUGAAAUGACCAUAAAUGUACUACUAACGUGAUUUUAACAGAUCCUUUUUGUACCUCAAACUUGAUCCAUAUGGAAAUUUUUACAGUCCGAAUGCGGUGAACAAAGUUUUUCGCAAUUAUUUCGCGAAUACCAUAACCCUUUCACAUUUAUGUUCCUUUUUUAGAUUUAUGACUUCUCCUUACUAAAAUCGCAAGCAAAAUCUUUGCGAUUAUAUUAUUUUCCCUUACAUCUGUACCGUCUAAAUGGAGUUUUCAGGGCUUCUCUCGUUUACUCCAAAAAUACCGACUGAUCGCAUUUCCCUUAUCUUAUUCCCUUGAUGCUUAACCUAAAUGUUGCCGUCAUGAUAAGCGUUUUAAUAAGGCCUUAGCUUAUAUUUAGAGAGUAGUUUUAGGGUUGGGUUGUAAUCAUGGAAUUAGUGUUAUGGGGUUAGAGGUUGUGUUAUCUACGUUAUCAAAUUCAUUUAUCUCAUCAGUCGCGGUCAUAACGGGAGGUGGAAUUGAAGGAGUACUCUUCACAUUUUUACCUUCAGCGUGAUUUCUCAUCAGGGGCUCGGAUCAAUUCACUUGGAAUAUCUAACCAAUAACAUUGUCUUCCAUUUUUCCCGUCAAUUUGCAUUUCAUAAUGGCCAGUAUUUUAAACUACGAGCUGGCAUUUUUCACUUUUGAUAAUGCAAUUAAACUAGAUGGUUUGUGCUGAAGUACUUGACUACUUGACCUUUGACAAUCUUGUCAAGUUUGUUUUACUGUAGCAUUUGUUUUAACGUGACGAAGACUCCGCUGCUUGUAAGCUUCGCGCAUCUUGCAUGCUCUCUGGUCAGGUCGUUGCACAUUUUAAAUAUUAACUAUAUUCACUUACUGGCCUUCCUUACCUCUCUCCGUUUAUGAGGUUAGUAAACCGUAGUUCGUUAGUUCGCGGGAACGACAUAACUUACGUCAUUGGUGACUUCCGACGUUAGCGCAGACUUAAGUUCUUUCCUUCUGUAACAUUAAAUGACAUUUAACGUCCUGUAUUUAUUUGCUAAAUUUUAGUUCAUUUAUAUUUCCCGCUAACCUUUUCACGAUAUUGUGCUACCUAUAUUUUGCUUAUUAUGUCUUCCUCAAUUCAAUAACCUGACGCUCCUGCCGAGUCUGUUCAUACCGUCCAUUUCACUUCGCCUGAUUUCUGGCAACACCCCCCUGAACUUUAUUUUAUCCGCACUGAUUUAGCCUUUUACUCCGCCAACAUUAUGAAGGAGUUUUCGAAAUACCACAAACUUGUGGAGGUACUCCCUGCCAAUAUUAUCUCACAAGUUCAAUCCUUGUUAGUGAAACCCCCUGCAGACUAUCCCUAUCCUGCUCUGAAGGCGGAAAUCCUUCGUCUCGAUGCUAUAUCUGACCGGCAACGCUACCACCAGUUGAUCAAGGAGGAAUCACUGGGUGAGCGAAAGCCCUCAGAACUUCUCCGACGAAUGCGUACUCUCUUAGGAGACAUGGAGGUCGACGAGAAACUCGUUAAAGAGAUGUUUCUAGAGCGGCUGCCUGCAGAUGUCCAAACGAUUUUGGCAUCCGGCUCGCAAGACCUGACACUUUCACAUUUUGCUGAAGUGGCAGAGCGAAUGAUAGAGGUUCAACGGUUCCAGCCACCUUCCGUUGCUCAGAUUUCCACAUCCUCUCCAACGGUUAACGAGCAGUUACUGCAACAGAUGUCGGCUGUGGUGAAUGAGAUAGCCUCCCUAAAACUACAGCUUGCUCGCAUUACCUGUAGUCGCUCACCCAGCCGUAAUCGUUCACGUUCGCGACCUCGCACGGCCAAUUUGUGUUGGUAUCACGCAAACUUUGCCGCCAAGUCUCGCAAAUGUUUUUCCCCUUGUUCAUUUAAACCGAAACAGGGAAACCAGCCAGCCAGAGAAUAGACGCGACCGUUUUAUCUGGCUCUCCCAGCUCUGGUCGCACCUUUUAUGUCUGCGACAAUGUGACUCGCAGGCACUUCCUGGUGGACACCGCAGCCCAGAUCAUCGUGGUUCCCCCCACUCCGGUUGACCGCCGCUGUCCCAGCCCUGGUCUACAUCUCCAAGCUGCAAACUGUUCUCCCAUUUCCACUUUUGGUAGUCGUUCCCUAACGCUAAACAUUGGUUUAUGUCGAUCAUUCUCCUGAAUAUUUGUGAUUGCCGAUGUGCCUCAUGCGAUCCUUGGUUCUGACUUCCUAGCCGAGUUUGAUCUCCUUGUUGACUGUCGGCGUUCCUAUCUCCUCGAACGCACAACUGUUCAUUCUGUCCGCGGUCUUACACCCUUUAAUGACUCCUGCAAUUUAUCUGAUCUGGACACAGGUAUUGCUUGCCCAUACCGAGACCUGCUCCUCCAACACCCCAACAUAAUCAAACCCCAGUUUCGCAGUGGUGAGAUCCAGCAUGAUGUUGUCCACCACAUUUGCACCUCUGGCCCCCCAGUAUUCGCACGGCCUAGACGACUGGCUCCGUCCCGUCUGCAAGCGGCGAAGGCCGAAUUUGAGCACAUGCUGCAACUGGGCAUAAUUCGGCCAUCCGAAAGUCCAUGGGCGUCCCCUAUGCAUAUGGUGCCCAAGGCAACAUCAGACGACUGGCGGCCCUGUGGUGACUAUCGCGCCCUCAACAUUGCGACCAUCCCGGAUCGUUAUCCCGUCCCUCCUCUUCAAGAUUUUGCUGGAGCUCUUUUCGGCAAAUCGGUUUUCUCGAAGAUUGACCUUGUUCGGGCCUUCCAUUAG